AUGCAAUUGAACGAGUCUGGCGAGAGAGAUGAACGAAGCAGUAAACGUGUCCUCGUUGUGGCUAAGGGAUUUGACGUUUCGGUUCCUGAGGGUUGUACGCUGAGGAAACGUGUGCUUCGUUUGGAGAGCAAGUUGAGAGAUCACUUCUCUUCAUGUGGAAAGAUCAAGUCCGUUUGUAUUCCCCAUGCCUAUCAUAGCUGUACAAUCAAAAGAUAUGCUUACAUAGAUAUUUGGGGAAUAGACGCGGAAGAGAAGGCGCUGCAGCUAAAUGGGACUGAGAUGGAUGGACACAAACUAGUUGUUACUCCGCCAUUGCGCCCCAUGAAAAGAGCUCGUAGAAGGGCUUUAAAAAAUGAUAGAUCUGCCAGGAGCGACACGAUGAUUGUUGAGGGAUAUGACACCUCUGUUCCUAGGAAGAUUAUGAAGAGCGCUUUGCAUAAACAUUUCUCUUCAUGUGGAGAGGUCUUGGAGGUGGACCUAUAUCCCAAUCUAAACGCCCCUGAUAGCGACCUCAAGUUUGUGGCUUCUUCCUCCACUAGCUCAUACGCCUAUGUUGACAUUUAUGGAGAAGGCGCAGAGGAGAAGGCCUUGCAACUUAGUGGAAGUGACAUGGGAGGCUUCAAACUUGUUGUUGAAGAGGCGUUUCGUCCCAAACCACCCGAAGCCGGAGGCAGAUCUCCUCUCCGUGAAGUUUGGCUUCCUUCUUCUUACUCAGAGUAUAUGGCUUCGAUGAACAAGAGUCAGGAGAACCAGGAGGAUAGCAAGCAGACGAUGCAAUUGAACGAGAGAGAUGGACGAAGCCGUAAACGUGUCGUCGUUGUAGCUAAGGGAUAUGACGUUUCGGUUCCUGAGGGUUGUACGCUGAGGGAACGUGUGCUUCGUGUGGAGAGCAUGUUGAGAGAUCACUUCUCUUCAUGUGGCAAGAUCAAGUCCGUUUGUAUUCCUCAUGCCUCUUAUGGCUCUACCUUGAAGAGACAUGCUUACAUAGAUAUUUGGGGAAUAGACGCGGAAGAGAAGGCGCUGCAGCUAAAUGGGACUGAGAUGGAUGGACACAAACUAGUUGUUACUCCGCCAUUGCGUCCCAUGAAAAGAGCUCGUUUAAGGGCUUUAAAAACUGGUCGAUACUGCAGGAGCGAAGCGAUGAUUGUUAAGGGAUAUGACACAUCUUUUCCUAGGAAGAUGAUGAAGAUCGCUUUGGUUAAACAUUUCUCUUCGUGUGGAGAGGUCUUGGAUGUGGACUUUCCCAAUAAAAACUUCCCUAUUAGCGACCCCAAAUACGCCUGUGUUUUCAUUUAUGGAGAAGGCGCAAAGGAGAAGGCCUUGCAACUUAGUGGAAGUGACAUGGGAGGUUGCAAACUUGUUGUUGAAGAGGCGUUUUGUCCCAAACUAGGAGACAGAGAUCCGUGCCCUGAUUCCCCUUGGACUUUUUUGGGCAGAGAUACGUGCCCUGGUUCCGAUUGGACUUCUUCUUGCUCAGAGUAUAAGGAUCCGAACACUAACAAGAGGAAGGAAAAUCCAGACCCUAAUUCCGAGAACGAGAAGAAGAGGCAGAAGACUAGCAACUAG